AAGUUGGCCAGAGGAUCUCCCAGGAAAGACCUUCCUUUGCGUGCGAUUCUAGUCAAGUGCAAGUGGCGAGAGUGCGUGGGAGCGGUGCCAGAGUGUUUGCAGGACCCCAGUGAAUCCAGCUGCAAGUGUGGCAGCGCGUGGGAUGGGCUGCAUCAGUAGCAAGAGGGACAUCAAUGACACGCAUCCCAACAUUUUCCGUGUGAUCAACGUGAAUGGGGAGGGAGUGGAACUAUGGGCGGGAGACAUUGAAGUCAAUUGGGCCAACCUCACGCUGUACCGGAAGGGCAAGGAGCCCACACACUGGCCGCUGCGCUGCCUGCGGCGCUACGGCUACGACGGGGAUGUGUUUUGCUUCGAGGCAGGACGCAGAUGCCUCACGGGAGAGGGCAUCUACUCCUUCCGCUGCCGCAGGGCCGAGCACCUGUUCAACCUGCUGCAGGCCCACAUCGAGGGCACCACGUACAACGCCUCGGACGAGAACACAAACGCCCAGGAGGCGCACACGAACCGCCACUCCACGCUGUCGACGGGCAGCGGAACGGCCAGGCCCUCGAGUGGCGUCCUGGCCAGCGGCUACGUGAUUGGCGGCCGCACGGAGGUCACAUCGCCCAGCCAGGUGGUGUCGCCCAACGGGACAAUCCACUCCGUGUCGCUGAGUCGCAGUUCUGACGGCCUGACGGAGGGCAACUACCUGGAACCCACUCCGAAUCGCCAGCAAGCGCCCAGAUUCGCGUCCGGCAUGCGCCUGGGCAGCGUGAGCAGCGGCCCUAUCAGUCCGGACCUCAUCUCGCCCGGCUCUCCCAACAGUAUUACCAACAUCCUCGAGGUGACCACCCUGAAUCCCCUCCCGACCGCCCAGCACGGCUCGGGAGUGAGCAACCUGUACCAGGAAUUCCCGCUGCGCGAGCACAACAACAACAAGAAGCUCUCGCUGGACAUUCCGCCGCAGGAGAACGCGCCCGCGGAGCCCGACACGCCCGACCAUGCGUCGCAGAAGAGCGUCUGCUCGCCCUCGGCGUCCGUGGAUCUCGCCGACGGCAGCCACAUGUACAUGAACAUCGCGCCUGGCGAGAUGAAGAUCAGCAAGUCCGUGUCCAAUCCCACCCAGAUCGAGGGCAGCGGCAGUGACACGGCCAACUCCAUGACACCCACGUCCACCUCCCUGUUCAGAUUCUCGCGGAUGAACUCGUACGGCGCCGAUCCGGAGCGGUGCUACGAGAAUCUCAAUCCCGGCGAGAUGAAGCCUCUGCUGGCGGGCAAGCUGGCCAUGCCUGAGAGUGGCGCGUCCGAGCCCGGCACGCCCACGGAGCAUCGCGUGGUGAACUACAUCGUGCUGGACUUGGAUCAGUCGCCGGCCGCGGGCGAGGGCGCCGCGGCCAGCCUCCUGCCGCCCGAGAGCCCGAAGAAGGCCGCGCUGGGCUACGCCACCAUCGACUUCAACAAGACCGCCGCUCUGUCCAAUUCAACGACUCCGUCUUCCGAGCUCGACAGCGAAGGGGCCACGCGAAAGACCAGGCACAGCUCCAGCAUCGUCACCGCGCGACAGAGCAACUCCAUUAGCGAUUGAGGGCGCCCCAGGCGCCCGCGCACCACACAUCGAACCGCCCGGCGGGCGACGCGGCCCCGCGCGCCACUCCUAAGCGCCGGCGCCUCGGCGCGUCGCUCCCGGCCGCCGGCGGCGACGAGGGUUUUACACUAAAGUGGAAUUUUUGUGAUUUUUUAUAAUAUACCUACAAGUAGAGAAAGUGGCUAGGCGAGGAAUUAAGGACCCUAAUUUAAAGGAUAAUGUAAAUUGAGAAAAACAUAUUUAAUCAAGGUGUCAACAGACGAUGUAGAAAAAUUGAUAUUUUUUCUAACUAAAGCAGAGAGAAAAGAAGAUGAAGAAAAAAACCUAAUGAGAAAAAGAACAAGGAAGAGAGAAACAAUACAGUAAAUAAUACGAAACGAAGGCCAAAGUUUUAAUACCCAAAGUAAAAUAUUUAGGAUUUUUAUUUGAUACAAAUAUAUCGUUAUUUGUUACAAGCAUAUUUUUGUA